AUGGUAUCUUCUUCAAGUGAUGAAAAGGAAGGAAUUAUGAGUCGGGGUUGGGAGCGGCUGAAUUCCUUGCCAGGAAAAGUAAUAAAAUUAGGACAAGAUGAUCCCAGAAGGGUUACUCAUUCUCUGAAAGUGGGACUCGCUGUCACCUUGGUGUCAAUAUUGUUCUACUACUUUGAACCACUCUAUCAUGGUUUUGGUGUCUCUGCAAUGUGGGCUGUUUUGACUGUUGUUGUUGUUUUUGAAUUCUCUGUAGGAGCCACACUUGGUAAAGGUUUAAAUAGGGGUUUGGCAACAUUUACGGCUGGAGUUUUAGGAUUUGGUGGUCACCGUUUAGCAAGCCUGUUUGGAGAUAAGGGUGAACAGAUACUCCUUGCGCUUUUUGUCUUCCUCAUAGCUGCAGCAGUGACAUAUUUAAGAUUUUUUCCUCGAAUGAAGGCGAGAUAUGAUUAUGGGCUCCUGAUUUUCAUCUUGACAUUCAGCAUGAUUUCUGUUUCUGGUUACCAUGAUGAUGAGCUGCUGCCGAUAGCUGAGCAGAGGAUAUUUACCAUCCUGACUGGUGGGCUCACGGCUGUGGCGGUAUGCAUUUUCAUUUGCCCUGUAUGGGCUGGAGAUGAUCUUCACAAUUUGGUUGCUAACAACAUUGAAAAACUGGCCAUCUUCUUAGAAGGUUUUGGAUCUGAAUACUUCAAAAUACCAGAGGAUGAAGAAUCACUGAAAAAAGUAUCAGAAGAAUAUAAAAGUGUGCUCACUUCAAAACAAAGUGAGGAAUCCUUGGCAAACUUUGCUAGAUGGGAGCCUGGCCAUGGUAAAUUCAAGUUUCGUCAUCCCUGGAAAAACUACCUGAUGAUUGGAAGCGUAACCCGACAAUGUGCUUACAAAAUUGAAGCUCUUAAUGACUGCCUGCACAGCGAAACCCAAACACCACAAGAAAUCCGAUGCAAAAUUGAAGAGGCAAGUCUAAAACUGUGUUCAGAAUCUGUCAAUACUUUAAGAGAAUUAGCUUUGGCAUUGAGAAAAAUGAUUCCACCAAAAUCUGCUAAUGAACACCUUAUAAAUUCCAAAAUUGCCGCCAAGAACCUCAAAUCCUUGCUGAAUACAGGCUUGUGCAAGGAAACUGACCUCCUAGAAGUUAUACCAGCAGCUACCAUGGCUUGUCUACUAGUUGAUGUUGUUUCUUACAAUGAGAGAAUUGCAGAGUCGAUUCAGGAACUAGCCUCUCUUGCUAAAUUCAAAAGUAGUGGGAAACCUGAGGUAAUACCAGCUCAACCAAAUUUAUGUCCCCAGGAAAUUUCGCAGCAAAAUUCUUGCAUUAGUAUACCAGCUCAACAAACUUUAUGUUACCAGAGAAGUAUGCAGAGAAAUUCUAGCAUCAAUAUUGCACCCCAUCAUGUUAUUACAGCUCAAGAAGAAUCCCCGUGUUCAUCAGUUGAUCGGACUUCAUAA